UAACUAUCCUCUGAAAACUACCUUUACAAAGUCCUUCAUUAAAAUGCUUUCUCACAAAAGCUUCUGCUGGAUUAUCAUGAUAAUUUCCCUCGUAGUUUUGGUUCCGACUAUAUGUCGAAGGGCUCGUUUAAUCCUGGGGGAAGAUUUCCAUUCACCGGAAAUACUUUCAGAGGACAGCGUUUACGCGUCUCGAGCCGUUGAUUCUUUCAUUAGCUUUCUUUGCAGGAGUAUCAUUGUGUUGACGGUGCUAGACCUGUGGACCUGCGGCAGAACUCCUUCAAAUAUAUAUGAAGAUAGAAUAAGUUGCUGCCAUGCAAGUAAUAAAGAGGAUGAUACGGAGGAAUUUCCAUGCCGCCGCAAACUGCCGGAGGGGAAGAUAGAAACUGCUCGCCGGAGUGCUGCACGUUCACCGGACAGAACUGGACGGCCAGGAGCUAAGGAUGAAGUCAAUUUAACAACAAUCUCUGAAAGUAUUAUUGGACGAAGCACGCUCCUACGGUUCCAGUUUAAUGGGUUGCUGAGAAAUCUGGUAUCUCCUUUAAUUAUUGUAGUUACCUUAUUCGCAUACUACUGUGUUGGGAGUUUACCCGACUUUGCCGGAAUAUAUGUUCUGCAUAUUACAAGUUUUAAAUUGUUAGUUGUCACCCUAUUCACAAUAAGCCUUGGUUUAAUCCCACUUAUUAUAAUUUAUGUCAUUGUAUGUGAUAGAAAGACAACUAUGAGAAACAAUAAUCCACUUAAAUCAAAAAUAAAAUUAAUUAAAAGUGAUGAAAAUUUUAUUGCGGUUGUUUCUCAAAGUUGUAAAAUAAAUGAUGUGAAUGAAUGGUUGGUAGACUCCGGGGCUACCAAGCACAUUUGUAAAAACAAAAGUGCUUUUACCUCCUAUAGUACUACUAUGGGAGAUGAUGAAGAGCUCGUGUACCUAGCGGACUCAAAAACCGCAAAGGUGCAUGGUAAAGGGAAAGUUCUUCUUAAACUCACAUCGGGGAAAACUUUAUCACUAAAUGACGUACUUUAUGUGCCUGAGUUUCGGACUAAUUUAGUUUCUGUUUCUCUCUUGGUAAAAGCUGGGAUUAAAGUAUCUUUUGAUUGUAACAAAAUUGUUAUGACCAAAAAUGAUGUUUUUGUGGGCAAAGGCUAUUGUAAGAAUGGACGUUAUGUGCUUAGUAUUCCGAAAUUAAUGCGUGAAAAUGCUUCUUAUUUGAUUGAUUCAUAUGAUGUGUGGCAUGCAAGAUUAGGACAUGUGAGUGAUUCUUAUAUCAAUUUGUUGCGUGAUCGUGGUUUGAUUUCUAGUGGAAAGAAAUUGACACUAGAAAAAUGUGAUAUUUGUGUUGAAUCAAAACAAACCAAAAAAUCAUGUCCUACCACACAUAGGGAAUCAGAAUUGCUUGAGUUAAUCCACACGGAUUUAGGUGAUUUAAAAAAUACUAUGACUAGAGGUGGUAAUAAAUUUUAUGUCACCUUUAUUGAUGAUUUUUCGAGAUACACUAAAGUUUAUUUGCUUAAAAGUAAAGAUGCUUUUGAUAAAUUUUUAGUGUAUAAAUCCGAGGUGGAAAAUCAAUUGAAUAAGAAGAUUAAGAGAGUGAGAUCGGAUAGAGGGGGCGAAUAUAUUUUAAUAAAUGAUUUUUGUGAGAGGGAAGGGAUUAUCCAUGAGAUAACUCCCCCGUAUUCGCCCGAAUCCAAUGGAAUAGCUGAAAGAAAAAAUAGGACAUUAAAAGAAAUGAUGAAUGCUCUUUUAAUUAGUUCUGGUGCUCCUGAUAAUCUGUGGGGGGAGACUAUUCUUUCUGCUUGUCACUUACAAAACAGAAUUCCUUAUAAGCACAAUAAGAGAACACCCUAUGAAUUGUGGAAAGGUUAUGUGCCUAAUUUGAAAUAUUUGAAAGUGUGGGGGUGUUUGGCUAAAGUCUUAUUGCCUGAUCCUAAGAAGAGGAAAAUUGGUUCUAAGACAUCUGAUUGCAUAUUUAUUGGUUAUGCUGAAUGUAGUGCUGCUUAUAGAUUUCUUGUUUUGAAAAGUGAUGUGCUUAGUUGCAAUACUAUUAUUGAAACAAAAAAUGCUGAAUUUUUUGAGAGUGUGUUUCCUUUAAAGCCAGAAUACAAGACCGUUGUGCCAUAUCGUGAAAGUGAGCCAUUAAAAGAAAAUAAUACUUUUAAUGAUGAACCCUCUAAUUUGAGAAGAAGUAAGAGGCCAAGGAUAGAAAAAUCUUUUGGAAAUGAUUUUUAUACAUAUCUUGUUAAUGAUGAACCUUUUACUUAUUCACAAGCUAUUUCAUCAAAAGAGGCUCCUUUUUGGCUUGAGGCAAUUCAAAAUGAAAUUGAAUCUAUUCAGAAAAAUAAAACUUGGAUUUUAACUGAUUUGCCUAAAGGGUGCAAACCAAUCGGAUGUAAAUGGAUUUUUAAAAAGAAAUUUAAUCCGGAUGGUUCAAUUGACAAAUAUAAAGCGAGGCUUGUGGCAAAAGGUUUUUCUCAAAAACAAGAUGUUGAUUAUUUUGAUAUUUUUGCACCGGUAACGAGAAUAUCUUCCAUUAGAACUUUAAUUGCCUUGGCUUCUAUUCACAAACUUCUUAUCCAUCAAAUGGAUGUUAAAACGGCAUUUUUAAAUGGUGAAUUAGAGGAAGAAAUUUAUAUGGUGCAACCGGAGGGUCAUGUAGUUUCUGGACAGGAACACAAAGUGUGUAAGUUGGUCAAAUCUUUAUAUGGUUUGAAACAAGCUCCUAAACAAUGGAAUGAAAAAUUUGAUGAAGUAUUAUUUGCUCAUGGUUUUACCUCACUUGAAGUAGAUAAAUGUGUAUACACUAAAAUAAAAAAUGGUGUGUGCAUUAUUAUUUGCUUGUAUGUGGAUGACAUGCUAAUAUUUAGUAGCAACCUUGAGUUAAUAAAUGAGACAAAAUCAUUUCUUGCUUCAAAAUUUGAUAUGAAAGAUUUGGGUGAAGCAAAAUUAAUUUUAGGUAUUAAAGUCAUAAGGAAGGAUGAUGGUAUUAUACUAUCUCAAGAGCACUAUGCUGAAAAACUUCUAAAGAAGUUUGGACAUUUCGAUGUCAAACCUGUGAAUACCCCUUAUGACUCUAAUACACAUUUGAAAAAGCAUAGAGGUGAUCCCGAGGCUCAAUAUGAAUAUGCACAAAUAAUUGGGAGUUUGUUACAUUUAAUGAACUAUACGAGACCCGACAUAGCUUAUGCUAUCGGAAGAUUGAGCCGAUAUACCCAUAAUCCAAAUGGGGAUCAUUGGACCGCGUUGAGGCGGUUACUGAGAUAUUUGAGAGGUACCAUGAAUUAUGGUAUAUUUUAUAGAGGUUUACCCGCUGUACUAGAGGGAUACAGCGAUGCCAACUGGGUCUCUGACUCAGAUGAGAUUAAAUCCAAUACUGGAUAUAUAUUCACCCUUGGAGGUGGUGCUAUUAUGUGGAAAUCAACCAAACAAUCUCUCAUUUCUAGAUCCACUAUGGAGUCCGAGCUUAUAGCUUUGGAAGUGACUAGUAGUGAGGCGGAGUGGUUGAAAAAUUUCUUAGCAGAAAUUCCGGUUGGUACAAAACCAACACCAUCGGUGUCUAUUCUUUGUGAUUGCCAAAGUGCAAUAAAUACUGCUAAGAAAAUGUGUUAUAAUGGGAAGAAUAGACAUAUUCGUUUAAGGCAUAAAGUCAUUAAACGAUUAUUGAAGAAUGGAAUUAUUUCCAUUAAUUUUGUGAGGUCAGAAGGAAAUCUAGCAGAUCCUUUGACUAAAGCCCUAGGACGAAAAAUGAUAAGUGAAACCUCGAGGGAAAUGGGACUUGUGUCACUUGAUUACAAAUAGGGAUGGUAACCCAACUUGUGUGAUUGGAGAUCCCAUGAAGCAAGUUCAUAUGGGUAAUAACAAGUCUUCUAUUUGUUCUGCUAGCCUUAUUACAAGUCUCUUUAUAUGGUGUGGAAGGCUAGACUGCAUUCGCUGUGAGGCUGAGCUAAAACUCUUAAUGAUUUUCAUAGCCCUUACGGGUGGUGUGUUAAGUGCAGAACACACUUGAUGAGAUCACCUAUAUGAGUGUGAGGUGGGGCCGCCUCUAUGAAGCCUUGACAACGCUUCUAGAGCACUCACGAACACCAGGCACGCGCAGACUAUACGUUUCACCAAAAGCUCGGUUUAUAAAGACUUAAUCGUCUCGGUUUGGUUCAUAGUCUUCGGACACCAGACUUAAAGUCUCAUUCCUUUAAUCCAGCAAACUUUAAAAAUGUUUUUUUUCUCAAAAUAUUUAUUUGAAAUAUGUGGGGGAUUGUUAGAAAAUUAAUUCUAUUUCAAAUAAAUAAAUUAUUUUGUAACGGAAUGUUUAUUUGGCCGAUCAUGUGGGUCUUGGGUUUGGUAACGUGCGUUUAAGGCUGACCAACUUUACUUGGCUUAUCAUUUUCAUCUCCACUUUUUUAGGAUCCAAAUAUCCAUCCGUUACUUAAUUCCUUUAUUAUAUUAAUAAUAUAAAAGAGACCUCCUGGUGAGGUGAUAAGAACACUUCGGCUUCUAACUAUCCUCUGAAAACUACCUUUACAAAGUCCUUCAUUAAAAUGCUUUCUCACAAAAGCUUCUGCUGGAUUAUCAUGAUAAUUUCCCUCGUAGUUUUGGUUCCGACUAUAUGUCGAAGGGCUCGUUUAAUCCUGGGGGAAGAUUUCCAUUCACCGGAAAUACUUUCAGAGGACAGCGUUUACGCGUCUCGAGCCGUUGAUUCUUUCAUUAGCUUUCUUUGCAGGAGUAUCAUUGUGUUGACGGUGCUAGACCUGUGGACCUGCGGCAGAACUCCUUCAAAUAUAUAUGAAGAUAGAAUAAGUUGCUGCCAUGCAAGUAAUAAAGAGGAUGAUACGGAGGAAUUUCCAUGCCGCCGCAAACUGCCGGAGGGGAAGAUAGAAACUGCUCGCCGGAGUGCUGCACGUUCACCGGACAGAACUGGACGGCCAGGAGCUAAGGAUGAAGUCAAUUUAACAACAUAAUGUAUACACUAAGUUAAUCGGUGAAGCACAUGGAUUCUAAGGUCUUACUAUCCCCAUUUAAUGAGAGCAAUUCUGUGCAACGAAUACACAUCUUUCCUAUUACACGUUAUCAUCACAAUAUAGCUCUCCGGUUUCUUUUCUCUCUGACAGUAGCCAGUUAAUAUCAGCUCUUUUUUAUAUUUUUUGGCCUUGUCCCUGCGCAUCACAUCUGCCAAUACUUUCAUCCCUACACAAUUCAACCGACACUUCACUCUAGGUUAGACUUACCAAAGAUUUGCUUGUAGCCACUGAAUAUGUCAAUGAUUCAAUAAGGAUAUGUUGCGCCACAAGGCACGACUCAACUUUUGCGAAAAAAUAAUCACAUAAGGUAAAGUGAUUGAAAAUACUUUUUCUACAUUUCCUAGAUCAGCACUUAUAACGGCGAACGAGUAUAGAUUGGAAUGUGAUAACAAAAGAAUAACAACAUAUAAUCAAUUAAUGAAUCUACUCCAAAUGGCUGAAAGGCAUAAUGAAGUUCUUUUGAACAAUAAUGCUAGACCAAUCAGGACAAAGAAAAUUGUCGAAAUGAGCAGUGAAAAGAACCUCAAUGUAAGGAGUGAACGACAUGCCAAUUCUUACUUUCAUGGGCAAAAUUCACAACAUAGGAGAGGUAGUGGAAAUCGUGUAGGUUGUAGUGGUUGUGGUGGUCAUGGAAUGAGCCGAGGAGGGUCUUUCAAAGUGUGGAGAAGAGAUGUGGGUGUUGCUAGGGGUGGACACGGUUGGCUAACCGGAUUUCGGUUAACCAUUUUUCGGUUAACCGAGAUAUCAAUUGCUAAAUUUUAUAUACGGUUACCCGUACCGUAACAUUGGUUAACCAAGUGCCGGUUAACCAAUAUUCCGGUUAACCAUUUAACGGUUAACCAAUAAACCAUAAAACCGUGAAAGAGAAAUAUAAAAUUGUCGAAUUUUUUGUUGUUUUUAAAUUUUGAACUUACAAUUUUUUAAAUGCAAAUGACCUUCACAACAUUUCUAAGAGCACAAAUUAUUGCAAAAAUUUGUUUAUAAACAUGUACUGCCCAAUUUCAAUACGACGAUCAUUCCUCCCAUACAGUCUGUUCAAAUUGGCUUUUUAAUAAAGAAAUUGUCCAUAAUAGGACUAAAACAAUGAGUAAAUUCCAAAAUAGGAGUACUGGUACAUUUGUCCUCGAAUAGGAGUUAUCAAUGCAUUGGACCGUUGGCUAUUCCAAAUUUACCCUCAACUCUAAAAUUAAUUUAUGUCAGCUUUAUCCAUUCAAUCUGCAUCUCUACUUCCGUAGCCCGGAUCCGGAGCCUCUACCUUACUUUAGAGUAAGGUAGAGUGUCUUGCUUCCUCCCGGUCGUCCGAUCGACAAUUCAACGGUCGGAGAUCUCGGGCUCCACUUUUCGCCGAUCUCGAGGUCGUGUUGGCCGCUCCCCUCCCGUCUGAUGCGCAAGGCACCCUCCUAGUCGGGUAGAGGAUCCUAAUCCCCGUAGCCCAUCUCCCAUCUCAUCGAUUCUCUUCCCCAUCCUCCCCUCUCUCCUCUAAUAUUUCUUCUCUCUGACAUCUAUUUCCAGAUUUUUCUUUCCAAGCAAUUCCCCCAUCUCCGACGAAUUACAUAGUACAUAUGGUGAAUUUUUUCUCUUCAACACUUGCCACUCCCGUGCAGCAGCAGUUAUGAGAGAUUUGAAUCUGCAAAAAAAAAAGUAUUGUUUCCAGAUUUGAGAUUUGAAGUGGUGGAGUCAAACAUGGUGGUGAAUUAGGAUCAGGCGGAGGCAGCGGACGAGGCGGCAGCAGCGGCAACGGGCAAGGCGACGGCAGUAGCGGCGGCGAUGCUGGAAGAGGCGGCAGCAACAAUGGAAAUGGUCAGCGGCCGGUGACAAACAUCUGGCAGUGGCGCCGCCACCUACGGCGGAGGCUACUGGCGACGGAGGAGACUUCCGACGGGAAGUGGUGCAGGCGGCGUCUUGCAUUGGGGUGCUGGUCGUAGGAGUACUUUCUUAUCUGUACAGUUUUUGUUUCAUCAUUAUUAUUUUUACUAGCGUUAUUUAAUUUGAUAGAUUUAAAACAGAAAUUAGUUUAGGGCUUCAUUAAGGGUAUUUACGUCCGGUCAUGUCUAUUCACUCCUAUGUAAGCAUACGGAACCUUCAACUCGUAACUUUGCACAUUUGUAAUGUUUAAUUUUCUCCUUUGUAAUAUACUCCGUAUGAAGUAAUAAACUAUAGAAGUUUGGCUCACAUGCAUAUUUAUCUG